ACACACUUGGCCCCUAUAGGCGGCUUAUCUCAGCCGCCUCUAUGAUCUCUCGUGUCAUCUUGUUCGUGUAAUCAGACUGUGUAUUCCUGGAAUCUUUACGCAGUAACUAUAGCACAUCUUCUGUGCACUUGUAUUGCCGUGCGCUGCUAUCUUUCAUGGAUGGACUCCAACUCGACCGAUUCGCAAUGCUUGAAAUUUAAUUGCGUCAGCGCCGUUUCCUGUCGCUUCAUCCAACUCUGGGGCGGAGCUUUCAACUAUCGCCGAUAUUUGCCUUUUCGAGUCUUUCGAGGUCGGAGAAGGGACUCCUCGUGAAAACAGGGGCAAAAGUGGCCACUGAUUUGGAAUAGAGCACUGCACCAAGGAGCGAUGUACACGUACCCUUACACGUACCGUCACGUGACUACGCCGGCCCCGACUGCAGCGACCAAUGCUGUCGCAGUGGUCGGGACCAUCUACAGUAUCGCCUUCGUCGUCUUCCCAGUCAUCAUCGUUAUCGUUGUCGUGUGCUGCUGCCUAUGCUGGUUCAAGCGCACUUUGCAAAGCUGCUGUCAGAGCUGCCGCAAGAAGCCACCGCCACCUCGACCGCAGCGCCGGCCGUCGCCCGUGGUGGUCUACCGCGCUCCGCCCAGCCCGAAGCAGGUGCAGGUGUGCACAGUGAGGACUGUCACGGUCUCCACCAUCCAGCCCGUGCAGCAGCCGCAGGUGGCGCGAGUCGCGGCAUGUACCGUGCGAGAGGUGGCCGUCGUCAAAUGACGACUUCGUGCACAAGCCGUCUCCAGCAGUCUCUCUCUCGUCUUUGUCGUUCUGCUGAACUGGCAGCCUCUUGCUCGAAUAAAUUUACAACACCCUUUUUUGACCAGGUGGCGUCCGAGUCGCAACGACGAACCAUAGGAUUUUCAUACAGUAGUUACUAGAGGAAACUCUGGUGCUGCGAUCGUUCAGCCACCAUGGGAAUGACGGGUAAGUACAUUGACUCGUCUGA